AUGCAUUUAAUAUCACAGAACAAUAUUCGAUAUCGAUCAUUGGUAUUAAGAAUACAUUUUAUAUGUUGGCAUUUUGUACGACGUCUCUUAGUUGUAAGAUUUUUUCUCGGACUUCUCAUUGGAAUUCUUGUGACAAUAAAUUUUUAUCAAUCUCAAUCAUCGACUGAUAAACUUAAGUUUCGUCCAGAUCAAUUGAAUUUCGAAUAUGACAAAAAAAGACUUGCAUUCAAUAAUAUAAAUCAAACUUCAUCUUCAAUAUGGAACGAUUCUUGGGAUGGUAUACGCCAUGAAAGUCAAUGGUUACGUCAUCUUUAUUUAAUUCGUCAUGGCCAAUAUUUUGAUCAUGCCAUAAACGAAGAAGAUAAGAAAUUAACAUCACUUGGUAAAGAACAAUUAGAAUAUACUGGCAAACGUUUAAAGCAAAUGAAUAUAAAAUUCGAUCGUCUUAUUCAUUCUGGUAUGGUUCGCGCAUUUGAAAGUGCAUCCAUAAUUAAUCAACAAUUCGAUCACCAAUUUGAAUUAAUCGAAGAUCAAAAUCUGGCAGAAGGUUUACCUGUUGCGCCGAUUCCUUAUGCUGGUAUAUCUCAACAUGAUGUUGAUGCGUAUGGACAUAAAUUAAGAAUAGAUAAAGCUUUCGAAACAUAUUUUCAUCGAGCACGAAAUGAUCAAUAUAAAGAAACUCAUGAUAUUAUCGUAUUUCAUGCUAAUGUUUUACGUUAUUUUAUUUGCAAGAUUAUGCAAUUUCCAGUUGAAGCCUGGUUAAGAAUAGUAUUAAAUCAUGGUUCAAUAACAAAAAUCAUUAUUCUUGGUAAUGGAGAUGUUCUUUUGAUCGGUGUCGGUGAUAGCGGUUUUAUGCCGACAAAUAAGCUUACAUUCUGA